AUGGAUUGUUUAGAUAACUGGACUGCUAUUGAAAAUAGGCUACUCAAUUAUUUAAAGGACCCGCAGAGCUGCGAUCACGGGGAAGCCCUUAAAUAUGUCACUUCAGUUCUUGACAGUUUGAAUCAAUGCAUCCUUCAUAAGGCUGCCAAUUUUGACGCUGAGCUCUAUAAGAGAUCCAAACUUUGUAUUAGAGUUCUGGAUAUAUUCGAUAACAAGGAAAUACUGAUAAUAAAUGCAUGGCUAGUACUUAUAGAGUCUCUUCUGCACUAUCGUGAAUGCACACCUCUUGCAGUGACAGAUCUAUGGUGGACAUUCGGUCUAUUUUCAUCGAUACUGCCCUAUGAUGAUACCAACUUUACCGAAGCUCCAAAUUGGAGAACAAUGUUUGAAGGUUUUAGAUACAAGAAGAAUGUCUAUUCUUUGGAGACGGUAUCUCUGAUGACACAAUUCAAUGUUUUGUUGCUCAAGUUGUACAGUAAAUCGGCUCAAGCAAAGUAUGGGGAUCUAAUUUCAAUGAAAGAAAUGAUUGAGCUAACCAAAAAAGGAUCGAAUUUCAGUGCCUGGUUUGAAGGAUUACCAGAAGAUGGGUUUUGUGACAUGUCACGGGAGCUUUCAUUGAUAUGUCAGAAAUUGGUGUCCCAUUCACCCUGUGAUUAUUCAGUAAGACUAUUGCUACUUUUGAGAUGUCUUUCAUACGAUGCUCAAUGUGAGACUAUUGACUCCGAUCUUCUCACACUGAUCAGAUCUGCUCUUAAUAAGACCAAUCGGCCUUUAUUGAAUUCUACCAGGCAAAUGUUCAAAGAGAUAUUGAGCACUUAUAAGUCUAAAAAUAUAGACACGACUCAAUUGAGACAGGUUUCCAUGAUUUAUGAUGAAACCCAUUCAUUAGAUCAAGAAAUUGAUAGCGAUUCAAGUACUAGUUCUUCUGCAUUAACAGAGCUAUUGGAUGGGAUGGAGAUUGUUCAGUUCUCCAAGUUUUCGAGAAUGCUAGCCACUUGCAGUGAUUGGUCCCUAUUAGAUUCUUUAUCGUUUGGGAAAGGGCUCUAUAAUGCCAUCAAAGAAGCUAAUUUUACCGAUCCAGAUUCUCAAUACAUGAUCUGCUCAACACUUUCGUUUAUAAGACGUGCUGGGGAUGUCAGGAUCGGUAGGAUCGUUCAUAUCCUUGAUUAUAUCAUCAUCAAAAUCAAGAAUAUGCAAGUGUGUGAUCAUUCAGUUUUCGUUAACUCGGUACUUGAAGAUCUUUUUGAUAUAUUAUCCAUGAAAUCACAGCCAAAGAGAGUGCGAAAUGUGUCCAACUUGUUCUUUCACUUUGGUGGAGAAUUAUUAACCACUGACAAUCAGUCGGCACUACAGUUUUGGAAUAGAUGCGUAGAUAUAGAGUAUCACAUCGUUUUGAACUCGGUGGAUGAAAGUGAAAGGAAGCUUAACUUUACCUCUUUCAAGACUAAAUCGGAAAGAAUAGCCAAUUUGCUUCUUGAGACGUCUGAAUAUCAAAAUGCUGCACAAUUUCUUUCUAAAGUGUUCAGUUAUCCUGAUUGCUCCACCAUUUUUGAAUACGAGACUUGUUUGAUGCAAAAUGACUUUUCCGUUCCCGUGAAGCUAGCCGUUAAGCUGCUUUUGAUGUCUCAAAGUCCAGAGUUACUACUUCUUAUCUCCCAGAAGGAAUCAUAUUUGGUUGCUCUUGCUGAUAGACUAGUUUCAGUAUUAACUUCAACAAAGCAUUAUGCUUGCCAAAAGCUAGUGUCUAAAAUCAUCAUUUUACUAAAGAAUGAACUCCAUGACAAUGGGCUUUUCUUGUAUUUUCUCUCAAGGAUAGCCUUUGUCAUGGAAUUCAAUAUGACUUUUAAAUCAAUGGGAAACCUCGAAUUUGAACCGGAAUCGGACGUUUAUUCUCUCCGAAAAAUUAUCAAGGCUCAUAUUUACAUCUUACAAUCGUUCUCGUCUACGUUUGAUCCAGAUAAGUCUCUUCUCAAUGCCUAUAAUAAUUUGCUUGAGUUUUGGCGAAGACCUAAUACCACAUCUAUUCUGGAUUAUGAGAUAGACGUCAUUGUGUCGGCCGCAGAGGUAUUUGAAUAUCAUUACUUGUUCUGUCCUGCGGCAAGUUUUCUUGAACCAUAUGUCAAAACACAACUUGUUAAUCUUCCUAGCAGACAGCAGCGUCGUGUCGCGCUAGAGCUUGCCAAGUGUUACUUUUACCUGCACCAGCCAGCACAUUUCUGCUCGUUGAAUGAUAUUUUUAUUGGACAAGAUGACGUUGCAUCGAUGUCAUACAGAUUGUUGAAGUUGUGGAUAAAUCUACGGCUUGGAAAUUCGCCAAAACAGCUUGAAGAUCAAUACAAUAUUCUUUUGUCACGGCUUUCUGAAGAUACCUUCUCCAUCUCAAAGGAAAGGAAUAGGUACGCGGUAAUUGACAAGCUUUUCUUACUAUCUCAGGUAUCCAAUGAGUACUCAUUGCUGUGUGCAAGCAAUAGCCAGUAUGUCUGUUCUGUGAUAUCCUCAAAGCGUGCAAUUCGAAUUCUACAGUCCAUUCUGAAGAAUUUCAUGUUGCAAUCUAACAGCUCUUCCUUUGGUCUUAACUUGAGCUCUAAGGUGUUGCUCAAGUACCGCUUUUCCAAAUCAAUGAUAGAAUGUUACGAAACAUUGCUUGAAAAUCUCCAUCAAUCGGGAUUGGGUAAAGAAUUUGAUUAUUUCACUAAAGAGUUCUGGACUUUUGUCAAUUCACAACCAUCCCUGUAUGUAAAAUCACGCUGUUUGUUCCAAUUUGCCAUCUACUACUCUUAUCAAAAUCGUCUCGUUGAAGCAAAAAGGUGUUUGGAUCUUGCUACCUCGCAAUAUAUACAUCUUGGGAUAAUGGACAAACUCUUGGGACUAACCAAACUCCUGGCCAACGAAAUCUACUAUGAGAAGUUGGGUGACAGCCAGACAUUUUUAGGCUUUGUUCACCAGUAUGAUCAUUGCAUAAAGCAAUUGCUUGGAGCAGUUCCCAUGCAGAGUUCUAAGACAAAAUUCUCCAACGCUGAGAUCCUUCGGUCUUAUGAUUAUAGCAAUGAUACCGACAUGCUAACGAAGAACUGGAUGAGUAUUCAAUUAACGAGGUCACUGUCACCGUAUUGGCAGCAUACAGAAUCGCCAUUUCCCUCUUCAGACAAACUCUUUGCUGCCAGAGUUCAGUUCAAUGAGCGUUGUACCUACUCAAGCGCUUAUUCCACCCUUCAGAUCCUCAAUGACUCGGUUAUUUCCUUUCCUUCUUCUUGCUCUGUAAAGAAUAUGGGGACGGAGGUAUCCACAGUUUCUAAUUCUGCUGAAGUGUUUUCAGCUGCUUGUUCAGAUUUGCGGGCAUCGAGUUCUGUUGAGUUUAAAGAUAGUCUGUUACGACUAGCGCUAUCUAUUAUUACUAUGAUUCCGUGUUCUAGUGUUGACAGCGCUAAAAAAUGGAUUAGCCGCUGGAAGGACUAUGCCAACAGUUACAAUAGUCGCCAAUUUGCAAUUGAGAGGUGUCUAUCAAAGACAAUUGAAGAUCCAAAAGUCUUCUUAUCGCCACACUUCAGUUUUGAAGUUUCAGAAGUUGACUCUCUUACUUGUCAACAGUUGACAAAUAUUAUUCCUGAUGACUGGAUGGUAAUUGAGCUCGAAUGCAUGCCCCUGGAAAGUGGACUGACCGUUACUCGAAUUAAAUCGCAGGAUUCAAAUCCAUUGGUUGUGAGGCUACCAUUUGGGUGGCAAAGGGGAGGUGACAUUCAUGAACGGUUCACUGUUACCGAUGCGAUUCAAGCAUUUGAGGAGAUUAUUAAGAAAAGUGAUGAGACUACCGCGUAUGAAGUCACCUCUAGAAUACGCACCAAGGAGGACAAGGCUGAAUGGUGGUCAAUUCGAAAGGGUCUCGAUAAGGGUCUUGGUCGGCUAUUGAGGAAGAUGGAAUCAUGUUGGUUUGGUGGGUUUGGGUCUUUAUUUGGAUCCAUGCUGUUUACUGAACGGGUUGUGAAGGAUUUUAAAAAUACCCUCGUCGAAGCAAUUGUAUUUCGUUUGCCAAAGGGUACCUCAAGCAAAGUUGUGGAUCGAUUGAAUGGGUUAGAAACAUGGAUUUUUGAAAUGUUUCUUCAACUUCAAGAAAACCCUGAUGACCAGGAUUCGUUAACUGAAGAUCUUGUUUACUUUGUCUUGGACACUAUUUCUGGUUAUGGUGAAGACAUUGCCUAUGAUGAAGUAGACGUCAAUAAACUUUGUCAAGAGAUUGGGCAAUAUCAAUUAGGAGUUCCAUCUUGUGGUGACAGUAUUCAUCAUAUCAUAUUGGUAGCGUCUGGAGAAUGCGUCAAGUUGCCCUGGGAGUCGAUACCAUCUCUCCGAAAUAAGUCUGUCUCAAGGAUGCCAAGUUUGGGGAUGAUUACGGAAUAUCUUCAAGAUAAUCAUUCUCUUUUGGAGGAAGGAAUUAAUCCCGGUAAUGGGUACUAUGUGCUCAAUCCUGGAGGAGAUUUAAUGAAGACAGAACAGAGAUUCAAAGAUAAAUUUGAGACGAUGGCUGGAUGGGAAGGAGUUUGCAAUAACAAGCCAACUGAGAAUGAUAUACUGAAAUCCUUUGAGAGGUCAGAUCUAUACUUCUAUGCUGGACAUGGAGGAGGAGAGCAAUACAUUAGAUCAAAGACGAUCAAAUCCUCUUCUAAAAUCCCUCCAUGUUUAUUGAUGGGAUGCUCUUCUGGAUACCUGCAUGUUGAAGGUGACUUUUAUCCCUAUGGAACCGUAUAUCAUUACUUGGCAGGCAAAUGUCCCAUGAUUCUUGCAAAUUUAUGGGAUGUAACGGACAAAGACUUGGAUAAAUUCACAUUAAAUGUGCUUGAAAAAUGGGGUCUUCUUGUUGACUACGAUUCAUUUGCUUCUAUGGAUGAGGAUCCAGAAGUCUUGACGAUUUGUAGAUGUGUGGCUGACAGCAGAGAUGUUUGCAAGUUGAAGUAUUUAAACGGGGCUGCACCAGUGGUCUAUGGGCUUCCAUUGAAGUUGAAGCCUAACGAUACAGAUAUAUAG